GCCAACCCUCGUCGUCGUCAAGCUCGAGAGAACCAGCUAGCUAGAACGCUCAGCCAAAGACAAACGCACACGAAGCGCGCGGAGCAUCGCAGGCAGCAAGCACGGCAGCGGCCAUGGCGCAGGAGAGCCUGAGGCUGUCAGCAAGCACGGUAGCGGCGAUGCCGCAGGAGAGCCUGAGGCUGGUGUCGCACCCGAUCGCGGCGCACGACGGGCGGCUGCCGCGGCAGUACACGCGGGAGGGGCAGGGCGCGAAGAAGGACAUGUCGCCGCCGCUGGAGUGGUACGGCGUCCCUGAGGGCACGCGGUCGCUGGCGCUGGUGGUGCAGGACAUCGACGCGGACCCCGCCGUGCCUUGGACGCACUGGGUGGUGGCCAACAUCCCGCCCGACACCAAGGGCCUCCCCGAGGGGUUCUCCGGCAAGGAGGGCGCGGCGGGGCGCGAGAACGGCGGCUUGCAGGAGGGCGUCAACGACUGGAAGCAGCCCGGGUGGCGCGGGCCCGUGCCGCCGUCCCGCGGCCACCGCAUCCAGUUCAAGCUCUACGCGCUCGACGACGAGAUGCACCUCGGCAACAAGGUGACUAAGGAUAAGCUCAUGGAGGCCAUCGAGGGCCAUGUGCUGGGAGAGGCCGAGCUGACCGCCGUGUUCUAAGGAGUCGCCGCCACAUUAGUGUCAUGGGCCCUGGGAUCUGUCUUUGUGUGCCCUGUAUAUUAGUAGCAACCUUGUAAUUUUGAUGAUCUAAUAAAAGGGGAACUCGGUUUGUGCUCGUGC